AUUAGCUCAAACACUUGUGAAGUGUUGCUGAUCUGCUAGCUUUUAGGCCUAUGUGGACUCAGUUUCAAAUGAUGUUCUCUCUCUUUCUUGCUCCUGCUGGAAGAUUAAAUGAAAAAAUUAAGCCUUCCACCACAGCCACCAUUGAGGAACAGCAGCCAUGGCUCUCCACUAUCCCAUGGCCGUGGGCCUGAACAAGGGCCACAAAGUGACAGAGAAUGUGAGCAAGCCGAGGCACAGCUGUCGACAAGGGAGCCUCACCAAGUACACCAAGUUUGUGCGGGACAUGAUCGGAGAUGUGGCCCUCUAUGAGCGGCACGCCAUGGAGCUGCUCAAAGUCUGUAAGGACAAGAGGGCCUUGAAAUUCAUCAAGAAAAGGGUGGGAACACACAUCUGUGCCAAGAGGAAGAGAGAGGAUCUGAGCAAUGUCCCUGCAGCCAUGAAGAAGGCAGCAGCCGAGAAGGACCGAGCCCCAUGCCCUCUGUGUAAUAAAACCUGCUCAGAAAAAAAAAAAAUUCAGAUACGAAUGGACAUGUUCCCUCCUGCCACAGGACCCUUGCCUUAG